AGCGCGCGUCGACGAUGGCCCGACGAUGCGUCCGCGGCCGUCCGCUCCGCCGCGUUUCGGCCGCGUCAUCGAAUCGGAUUUUUCGCGUCAAGGGACAACACCGGCAACGUUGACCGAGGUCGGUAUUCCGCCGCGACCUUAGAUCGGCCGUAGACGGACGAGGAGGUUCUCGCGCUAGCCCGUUGCGACUCUCGAGGCCGAUGUUCGAGCCACAAUGCGUUGGUUUAGGGCCAAUACCGAAGCCCCGAGAUUGCUCAGCCUGAGUCCUCUCCAAGCCGAGGAUCUGGACGGUGCGUCAUUCCACUUUCAUGCAGCAUCCCGACUCAGAGACAUGUCGCCGGUGCGGUGGGCGCGCCGGAAGUCCUCGAGUUCCGAAUCCGAGAGGAACUGCUACAACGUGCAGACAUCCGAGGUGACCACGGAAAGGACCGCCAGCAAAAAGGACAAGAAGAGAAUCCAGGAGGAACGAAGACGCGUGUGCGAGAAGAGACACCCGUUGCUGGAUCGCGUAAAAAAUACGAGACUAAGUUUCUUCAAGGAUAGAGAUUCGGAAGAGGAGGUGGAGCAGGUCGAGAGGACGCAAUUUCGUUCCAUGAACGAGCUGAGCCUGCGAGGAUUGAACAGGAACGAGGUCAGAAGAUCCCUCUGCGAGUCGGACCUGAAGCAAAUCAGCGAAGAGGAGAAGAUUCAAGCCAGGAGGAAACGAAGAUCGAAAUCCCAAACGAGACUAGCAGCCUCUUUGAAGAACGGCGAAGAGCGUUCCGGGUUCCUGAUGUUCCGGACCCCGGGUCAGCAAAAGUAUUGCACGGGGAGCGAAGAGGAGCUGGAGACCCCGAAACCUCGAAGAAGGUGGUGGAAAAGCAAGGACAUCCUGUCCGAGGCCGAGGGCACGCCGGAGGCCCAAAGGACUAUGAACGUCAUGGAGAUGUGCGACCCCGAAGUGUCCACCAAGGAGGGCUCCCAGUUCGACACCAUCACUCCGUCGAGUUGCCUGGCUGCCAAGUUUAGAGCGAUGCAGGACAGGUACUUGAAGAGCUCGACCAGCAGACUGAUAGCGAAGAUCUACAAGAAGGAUGGGAAGGACAGGGAAAAGAGGAGACUGCGAAGUUUCUCGUACGGGACGCUUCCUGGGCUGGAGGAACUAAGGACGAAUCCCCUCUUCGAGGAUCAGGAUCAAGACGACAACGACUCGGGGAUCUUGGACAACGAUUCCGCGACCAGUUCCCUGCUGGACGAUCGUUGCAGCAGCGGGGCAUCCGGACUGAUGACCAGUGGCCUAGGGGACGACUCUCCCCCGAGACUUCCGCCCAGAAGACCAUCUGCCCCGAUGACCGAUCCGGAAAGGUGCUCGCAGAACUGCACCAGUCUGGAGCAUGGGAGGAUCGAGGUCUUCCGUAACGACAGGAACGGCUCCGUGAAGUGUCUGCUCGCGCAGAAUGGGAGCUCGGGCAUCGACCGAGACCCCCCAGGGUCCGUCUUUCAGGCCGCUAACGCGGAACUGAUCCAGCGGCAGGGUGGAUUGGCCCCUGGGGAGAGAAGAGGACAGAGUCUGAAUCGCAAGGAGAUCGUCAAGAGGCUUCCCAGCAAGGAAAGCUGCCCUCUUCCCGUCGUCAGGAGCAGAUCCUACGGCACGGAGACGACGGUGGUGAAGCUCGUCAAGGAUCGUCCGGAUCAGUGUCUGGGGAUCUUCAUCGCGAAGACGCCGGAGUCCAGUCAUGGAUACCUGGUGGCACACGUAGUGCCGAAUGGACUGGCCGAUAGAGAGGGAACUCUGAAGAUCGGAGACGAAAUUCUCAUCGUAAAUGGCAAACGACUCAGAGGACUCGGCAUGGCCGAGGCCAGGAAGGUCCUGGGAGGUGGCAGUGGUCCCGGCGAGGUCGACAUCGUCAUCUCCAGAUACAUCAACGCGGAACAUCCGCGGAGGCUGAAGGAAAGCAGCGUGGACUACGAGAACAUCUGCGUAGAAAGUGGACACGGAGUGAUCGUGGAGACCACUACGUCACCCAGGUCCCAUUUCAGGAAACACCAGUCGAAGCAGCACCGGGAUAGAAAAAGCGACUCGUCCAGAUCCAUAUCCUCGGAGAAAUUUAACGCGACGAUCGACAGCACUUCUCAGAGUGUCUCGAACUUCUGUACUCUUCCGAGAAGGCCUCGCAACACGGUGUCCACCUUUCAGACCGUGGUCUUCGAAAAGGGACCCGGGAAGAAAUCCUUGGGAUUCACGAUAGUCGGCGGGAGGGACAGUCCCAAAGGAAGCAUCGGCAUCUUCAUCAAGUCGGUUCUACCUGGGGGUCAGGCUGCCGAAGAUGGCCGAUUGCGAGCCGGGGAUGAGAUCUUGGCAGUAAAUGGACAAGUCUCUCACGAUUUAGCUCACCGGGAAGCCGUGCAACUGUUUCGCAACAUCAAAAGCGGUCCUGUGGCCUUGCACAUAAGUCGGCGGGUCAAACAUCGAGAACCUCAAACAUUGAAGGCGAAGUCGUGCGCCGACCUUCUAUUGGGUGACUCCUGAACGAACUCUUCAGAGACUUCUCGACCGAUCUGUACAACAGACCAAGAAGAGAACGAAUCGAGGGACGUUCCUUGUACAUAUUGUAAAUGUGUAAAGAACCCACGCUAAUAAACGUGUUAUUUAAUAACUCGAA